UGCGUCUGCGCAUGAAAAGCCGCCAUGUUAGGGGCUGGCUGCUGCUUGAGGCGAAGCCGGCAGCUGUUGGCUUCGGGCUGGACUCGGCUCCUCUCGGGAUCCUCCUCGUCCGAAGUGACGCAGCUGGAGCCGCAAAGGGACAGGUUCGGCGGGCUCAGCCUGUAUUUGUCCCAGCUGCGCGCCCCCGAGAGGCUGGACCCGGGCGCGCUCCGGCGCUGGCUGCAGGAGUCUAUCAAGCAAUGGAGAGCUGAAGGCCACAUUGCCAUCUGGCUGCAUGUUCCUAUUCUGCAGAGCCGGUUCAUAGCGACUGCUGCCGAGCUGGGAUUUGCCUUCCAUCAUGCAGAAUCUGACUCUGCUACACUCACUUUAUGGAUCGCAGACGGACGCAGCAGGCUGCCCAUUUAUGCUACACACCAACUCGGAGUAGCAGGCGCUGUGUUAGAUGUCCAGUCUGGCAAAGUACUGGUUGUGCAAGAUAGGAAUAAAACAACAAAUGCGUGGAAAUUUCCAGGGGGGUUGUCUGAACCAGGUGAAGAUAUUGGAAGCACAGCAGUUCGAGAGGUUUUUGAAGAGACAGGCAUAAAAUCAGAAUUCAGGUCCCUUCUAAGUAUAAGGCAGCAACACAGACACCCUGGAGCCUUUGGAAAGUCUGAUAUGUAUAUUAUCUGCCGCUUGGAGCCUUCUUCUUUCAACAUUAGUUUCUGCCAGCAGGAGUGCCUCAAGUGCGAGUGGAUGGAGCUAAGUGACCUUGCCAAGUCAAAAGAAACAACUCCAAUCACCAGUAAUAUAGCCAGGCUGCUUCUCUAUGGAUACCGUGAAGGAUUUGAUAAGAUCGAUUUAACUAUGAGGGAAUUUCCAGCUGUGUACACAGGCCUUUUCUAUAAACUGUACCACCGAGAACUGCCAGAGCAUUACAGGAACAUGACAAAUUUGCAAGACAUGUAGACUUUUUUUUAAGGCAUCUAAUAUUACUUGUAGUAAAAUGCAUAUGUAUAUUAUUCCAGAUUAAAUUCCAUACAAAUAUAUAUUAUUUCACCUAAAAUGCUAAAUAUUUUAAACUAUGCAAAUUUUAAUAUAUAUUUUUCUUACCAAGAAUAAUACAAAUCAAUUUCUCAACUCUAUCCCCAACUCAUCAAGUAAAAAAAAUGAAUAUAGUAUUUGACUGGAAAUAAAUGCAUAAGUUCUCCAUCCUGUCACAUUCAAUACAGACAUGUACACACAUGUAUACAUAUGCAAAAGGCACAAUAGUUCUAGGAUAUCACAACUGUUUGAGGUCUACUACAUACAUAACUUUGCCUAGUAAUAUUCCGAGAUCAGUCCACAAAUGCAAUUUAUCCUGGGAAAUACUGGUCACAUUUUUCUGUCGUGUGGGGAUGUGGAGGACUUCCACUCUGUAUUUCAUACACUUUCCAACUGAAAUCAACUUUUGGCAGACAUUGGAAGGAAAAGGAUAGCUUUCUGGCCUCGUCCAGUUUUUGGUCCAAGUUUGUACUGACCAGUUCGUUUCAGUGCAAUGUACCAAUCACGGUAUUUACGAGACCGAUAAGUAUUGUAAUUAUUAGAUUCCAAGCGUUCAAAAAAGAAGCAUUCAUCUGUUACGUAUUUCUGCAAGACAAAGAGAAAGUAAAUUAUUUCCAGGCAGUAGCUGUCAUGAAACUGAAUUUUCUAUCUAAAAAUCUGGCUGAUGAUUUCAACCACUUGUUACAAUUAAGAUUAUUGAAUCCAACAAAUGCCAUUAUACUUUUAGACCCAUACAUACACCCAAAAACAUACUAUUCAGAUUUAACACAGCCGUUUUAUGUAGAUGUGAUCCUACACAUGACAGUCCUCUAGUUGCCUUACUAAAAAAAGUAAACUUGGAACCACCUUAAAGUAAUCUCUGUUGGAGAUACAGUAGAGUCUCACUUAUCCAACACCCGCUUAUCCAACAUUCUGGAUUAUCCAACUCAUUUUUGUAGUCAAUGUUUUCAAUACAUCAUGAUAUUUUGGUGCUAAAUUUGUAAAUACAGUAAUUACUACAUAGUAUUACUGCGUAUUGAACUACUUUUUCUGUCAAAUUUGUUUUAUAACAUAAUGUUUUGGUGCUUAAUUUGUAAAAUCAUAACCUAAUUUGAUGUGUAAUAGGCUUUUCCUUAAUCCCUCCUUACUAGCCAACAUAUUCGCUUAUCCAACGUUCUGCCGGCCCGUUUAUGUUGGAUAAGUGAGACUCUACUGUAAUACCCAAAUAUAAAGAAAGUGAACUUUCUGUUAGUUGUGCAUAGAUUUUGAGUGUUAGUUACACUGAUUCCACUUAAAUUAAUGAGUCAGAGAAACCGAUUUGUCCCGAUUAUUUCAAUGACACAUAAAUAUAUCCAGUUUUCUUUGAAUUGGGGCUCCUUGAUUUACCAGAUUUUUUUUAUUUUUUCACUUGUGCUACUGAUCCCAGGAAGUAAUAAAAGAUUUUUUUUUAAGUAAAGAAUAAAAAAUAUCCUGAAUACACAUUAAAACAUUCACCAACUUAAAUCUUGGCAAUCAAAACACAGUCUGAACAUCUGAAGUUCUAAAUAGAAAGUCCUGUAGAAAACCAGCAUGGUGUAAUGGCUUGGCUGCUCAAAUAUGACUGAGUGAAGACCAGGGUCUGCAUCCCUGCUUGGUCAUGGGAAUUACUGGGUGACUUCGGGCAAGUCACAUUUUUUUGGCCUCCAAGAAAGGCAAUGGGAAACCCUCCCUGAACAAACCUUGCCAAGAAAACCCUGUGGCAGGUUUGCAGUAAGUCAAAAAGAACCUGAAGACAGACAACAACAAUAGAAAGUCCUAUAAUAUUUGCCCAUUAAGUCAAUGCAGAUCUGGCUGAGCCUUGAUCAAAACUGAGGCAUCUCUGGAAAGCAUGAUAAGGCUUACAUAAUAUCUUAACUUAUCCUUAAGCACAUAUAUGAGAGUGAAAAAUGAAAGCAUAUUGGCAUUUGCUUACCAGUGCUAACAAUCGACCGUCUUCAUUCAUAGCCAGGAAACGGUUUGCGCAUACACCUUUGAUGGACACUACACCUCUCUCCUCUGCCUGGAGCAGCAAUUUGACUGGAAUGAAAGAAAGGCAUUGUCAGUAUUCAAUAAAUGUUUUAUGAAAUGCAAGUUGUAGAAUAAUUCACUGAAAAUUUAGCGAAUAACUAUAAAAUUAAAAAUUAUUUACUUUCUUUACCAA